AUGAUGAUAACAUGUUCAAAAUGUUUUCGUUUAAAUAAUCCUAAUGCUCGUUUUUGUGAUUGGUGUGGUGCAUAUCCUGAUCAUGCAUCUACAUCAAUACAAUGUACAAAAUGUCAUACUAAUAAUGAUUCAUUUGGAAAAUGUUUUUCAACAUGUGGAUGUACAUUAACACGUAAUUCAGCUAAUCCUGUAUGGCUUAAUGCAAAUACAACAUUGACUAAUUAUCAUCAAUCAUAUUCAACAAUUAAAAAAGAAGCUGCAACACAAACAUAUGGAAUUUAUUAUCCAAGUGCAAAAGAUAUUGAUUUAAUUAUAACACAAAAUAAAAAAUUAUUAAAUGAAAAAGAAUUAAAAGAAUAUCGUCCAAUAUUAACAUCUACAAGUGAACCACGUAUGGGUAAUAUGAUUCAUGCAACUGUACAUGAAAAUGAAUAUCAAGUAACUAUACAAACAGUAUUUCGUAAACCAGAAAAUCUUUCACAAUCACCAUUUUUUAUUAAUGAAACAAAUGAAUAUUAUCCAAUAAAUAGUGAACGAAGUUCCCCAUAUUCAAAUACAAUUUAUUCUGAUAAUGAAUAUCCAAGAGAAAUUACAGAAAAUAUUGAGUGUUAUACGAUUCUACAAUUGGCUAUAUGUAAUGGAUAUUAUGAAUGUUUAGAAACACUUAUUAUAGAUGGAAAAGCUAAAUUAGAUAAAAAAGGACCACGAGGUAAUACAGCAUUACAUGAAUGUUGUUUAUUAGGACUUGAUGGUGCUGAACCAUUAAGAAUUCUUCUCAAACAUGGAGGUGAUGCAUCUUGGUUAAAUGAUAAAAAUGAAAGUGUUAUUGAUAUAGCAGCAAAACAAAAUUGUCCAGAAUUAUUACAAGCUUUUUCUAAAUAUCAAAGUGAAAAAAUGCUUAAACAACAUAUGAAAAAUUCUUAUGAUGAUCAUACAAGAAUAAAAACUAUUCAUGAUCAUCAUUCAUCAGAAAAAUUAUAA